UUUUGUUUCCUCAUCUAAUAAAUGUUAGGGUUUAUCUCAUAAAGAACAGACCCAAUUCGUAAAAGAUUGCAGUUUAGUUGCUCUGAUGACGAACUCCAAUUCGGACUUCUUAAAUAUAUAUGUCAGUAGAAUUGCUCUGAAGGUUGCUCCGGCCGUUGUCUGCAUAGUAUUCUGUUCAGGUGACAAGGAGAUCGCUUGGGGGUCCGGCUUUUUAAUAGAAUGCGAUGCAGUUGAUGGUAAAUUUCAGACUACUGUUAUAACAUCCGCUACUUUUCUUAGGGUUGAUGGUAACCUCAUUGAUGAUUUAAAGGUUAUUGUGGUUCUAUCUGAUGGUGAAGAAUGAGACGCUGAUGUUGAAGCAUUUGAUUUUCACUAUAACCUUGCUGCUAUCAAAGUUCAUGUAGACCACUCGGUUGAAAUUGCAAGGUUGAGGCAUGUGGAUGAUUUUUUGAUAAUUGAUCCCGGCAAUUCUUCCACCCGCGAGGCAACAACAUUGCAGCUGCCACGCCAUUCUGAUUUGUUUCAAUUGUAUCCUGGUACUAAAGUGAUUGCAGUUGGCCGCUGUCAUAAUGAACCAAAUGAUCUUAUGUCUGAUCUUGGUGAAUUCAGUAUUGAACAGUGCAGAUUCGACUGUAAAGAGCUCAUGAGGUCAACUUGCACAAUACCAAAAUGUGGCAUUGGGGGACCACUAGUUAAUCGCAGUGGCGAGGUGAUUGGAAUCAACUUUUUUUCUUCUGAAUUUACUCCUUCUCUACCGAUCAACAUAGUUUCCAAAUGGUGGGGCCAUUAUAAGAAAUUUGGGGACUAUCGGCGACCUUGGCUUGGACUGGAAUUAAGAAAUCUUUAUAGUGCCACAAUAGAUAUUUUGGAGAAGAUUACCCGAAACUUCCCUGAUAUCAGAAAAGGCGUCAUAAUUGAUGAGGUUACUCAAGAUUCUCCUGCGCAUUCUGCUGGGGUUCAUCCUGAUGACAUUAUAGUUGAAUGUGAUGGGCAAAUUGUUCAGAGUUCAUUGCAGUUUUUUGAUAUAACUUGGGACAAGGUCGGGAAGAUGGUGGAGUUGGUUGUGCUAAGAGGUGAUGGUGCUCGUAUGAAGUCAUCUAUCAUGGUUGAUAUUAUUAGUCCUUAUCAGUUUAAUAGUUGGCCGCUUGAAAGACCUCGUCGUGACUGGAGUAAAAUGUUUAGCUAAUAUUGAAAAUCACAAAUCACAGGCAGAUAAUGAUGAUGGAGAAGAUUUACUUCUGUUGCUGCUUCUGUUAUUAUUGUUAUUAUUUAGCUCGAGAGUUUAGAUUGUAUAUGUAAAUUAAAUUAAUGUAGGUGUUGAUGAACUUUUGGGUCCAAAUCAAUUAAUUAUUUAAAAUAUGGAGAAAAUUACAUGUGUAUGUAAUUUUUGAAAUUCAUACUUA